CCACAGAUUGAAGACCCCCAGCGCUUCUUGUAGCAGACGCUUAGAGCACACUGUUCCUCGAGGGGCUUGCCUAUCGACUGUUCGCGCAGAGAAGUGGUUCAUUUUUUCAGCCUUUUUAGGGCUUCGAAGAUGUGAGGCUCCUCAGCAAGGUUUUUCCGACGGGAGACCCUCUUGUUUUGGUACGCGUAGUUUGAAACUCCGAGCUUUGCUGCUACUCUGUUGGGGGCUCUGCAGGGUUAUAAGCUUGAGCGUCCAUGAACACCAUGUUAUGUGUCAAACUGUUUGUAGUUGCAGUAUCUCCCGUGACCUCUAAUCUAUGCUGGAAACUGUUUGCUAUACACACAUUCCAUUUUCGCAAUGUUUUUACAAGUGAAGCUCAUUCGCAGACCCUCUUUUCACAAUUUGCCUCCACCAAGCUUAAACCGUCUGAGGCCGAGAUCACUCGGAUUUUCAAGUCGCAAUCCCAUUUGCAGAAGCUUCAAACCCCCCACAAGGUAGAGCAGUUUAUUCAUUCCUUUAAAAAGCGCGGCUUCAAUGAAGUCCAAAUUUCUAAAAUAUUGAGGAAUCAACCCGGAGUAAUUGAACUUGCAGAAACAAAAUUGGAAGCGGCGAUCAAAUUGCUGGAAUAUUUCGGUGUUGUGGAUCGAAAUCUGACCAGGUUUUUAACGAUCAAUUCACGCAUUUUACGUUUUAGCGCCAAGAACCUUCUUUCCAAAAUGGAGUUUCUGAAGAAUGUUUUUCAGUCCCAUGAUGUACUCGUUAAAGCCCUGUUAAGAACAAGAACAUCGAGACUUUUCAGUUCUAGCUUGGAGAAGACAAUGAAGCCCUCGCUUGCUUACUGGAAAGGAUGGGGUUUUUCUGAGACGGAGCUCUUAAGCUUGUUAGAGUCAUUUCCGGAUCUUCUCUCACGCAUGUCCCUAACACCCGGACAGGUGGAUCUCAUCAACAAAAUUGGCGCUGAAAAAGAGAGCAAGAUGUUCAAAUAUGUUGUAGGUAAAGUGGCUAUGAGCCGCGUUGAAACGUUAGAGGCCAAGAUAGAGAAUCUCAAACUCUGCGGGCUCUCGGCUGAAGAAACCUGGCAAGUACUUGGAGCUGUCCCUCUAAUCUUGUGUUUCUCCAAGAAAAAUGUUAGUGAAAAGAUGAAUUUUCUAGUUAAUAACAUGGAGCUCUCUGCAAAUUAUGUAGUGAAGUAUCCUAAGUUCUUGCAAAUCAGUUUGGAAAAGACUAUGAGACCCAGGUUUCUGGUUUGGCAGAAAAUCAAAUCCAUCGAUGCCCUCAACCUUUCUAUUUACACAUUAUUGAGGAUGUCAGAGACAAGGUUUGUUGACAGAAUUAUAAAAGAGCAUCCUGAAUCUGAAACACUCUGGAGAAUUUAUGAAAAUGCCAUCUCUAAUGCCUCCAACAACACAAAGAGCUCUACAAAACAUAAUUUGGGAUGAAGAAAGUGAGAUUUAGGUCUCAAAAACCACAAGAAAUUUAUUGAUCUCAUCUUUGGCAGAAGAUAGACAAACCCUCUCCAUCCAGGUGUUGGCCGUGAGCAAUUGACAUUCCUAUGUUGGUAUUCCCUCUGCCCUGCUCUCUGUGUCUAGUUGAUCUUCAGGCAAGGUAUGCAUUAUAGUUGUGUGAGGCAAUUGCUAUCAUUGCAGUCAUUGAAGUGUAAUGUAAUUGGUGAAUAUUUAAUAGAUGAAGUUUUUUCGA